AUGGCGAGACCAGAUGUUGCCCGAGACCGACCGAUGCACGAUCGGAUGGCAGAUGAUACCUACCGGAGACGAGUCGUUGCUGAGCUGCAGGAGAAAUCUAGCCAGCAUAUGUCAUCGCAAGACUCCCACGGCAAGGGAACCGACGACCUUAUCUACAAGUUGCUAGAGAAGGCCGAGCAGCCGAACACAGACAGUAGCAAGGGCGUAGUUGAGGCGCUGUUUUGCACCGGCGAUGAAGCGGCAAGCCUGGCUGAGUCCGGAUCUCCUCACGACGCUCCGAUAAUCACGGAAGGCCAACAGCAAUUCCGAUGGAGCAUGGGCGACAGACCCAUUGCUCAGCUUUUCCGGCGAAUGGGCUUCCUGGACAAGUCGGUCUCCGUGCAAAUACCAUCUCGCGGUUCUACUAAGCGGUCAUAUGAAGUCCGGAAACUCGGUGAAGUCCGGAAACGGUUCCUUACCCAGGACAGCACCGACGACCCGUGGAACAUUCUCGAUUUGCAGAGCCCCCUGCCUCAUUCCAUGCCAAACUUCUUGACGGGCGAGAACUGUCAGCUUCUCCUUCAAGUCCGCAAUGCGGUGCUGAUGGAGGAUAGCGCUGAAAGGGUAGUAGCAUCAACGCAGGAGUGGAACGAGUGGAAGAACGUUCUCGACUGGGUCCUAUUGUCGGAAGGGGGCCACAACACGGCGCCGCAUAUGGACAGUCACGGCUUUGCUACGUGGAUCACUGCCCAGGAAGGGUCGAUCGGGUUCGGCUGGAUGUCUUGUCCGACGGAGGAGGAGCGAAAUUCGUGGACGGCCGAUCCCCACCAACAUACAGGUGGCCGCUGGAGAUAUAUUAUCCUGAAGCCUGGCCAGUCUGUUUUCUUCAUGCCGGGGACGAUUCAUUUUGUGUUCCGGGUGCGCCAGCAUCAGACGUUGGCGCUUGGUGGCCACGUCCUUCAGUGGACAGACAUCAGGCGCUGGAUGCAAGUCAUGCUUGCUCAGAUAACGAACUCGGCCAUUACCAACGAAGACAUGAGGCGGAGCGCGCCGAAAUACGUCCUCGCUGUGGCGAAGCUCGUCAAAGCUAGGGCAGAGGAAGGUGAGGCGGAACAGCUCGGGGGCGGAGCUGCGGUCACGCAGUUCUUCGCAUCCGUGAAGGUAGGGCUCCCGCGGACAUCCGGAGAUAAAGGCUAA